AUGCUCGACCUUAGCGACAUCUGCCCCUGCCAGAAUGGCGGUAUGUGUCUCCUAGACGAUGCCACAUCCUCAGCCACCUGUGAAUGCCCUAUUGGAUACGCUGGUGUGCUCUGUGAGAUGGGUGGAGAAGUUUCACGAAGAGAAAUGGGGAUAGUGUUCAUCGUGUUUGGGUUUUUGGCUGUCUCUGUUCUGCCGUAUACACCUGCAGAAAAUACAGAUACCAGCAUCACUGUGAUAGAAAUUGAAUGGAACGAACCCACCGUCAUAUCUUCACCCGACUAUCCAUCCUCCUACUACAACUCGAACCUCGACCUUACUUGGGUACUCAAGGCUCCAGAGGGUCACAUCCUCCAGAUACAUAUUCUAGACCUGGCCCUAGAGACGGAAUACGACUACUUGUACAUUGGUUAUGGGCCCGGUCCCAAUGAACCUGGUUCUUGGGAGCUUCAGAAACUGACUGGGUAUAGCAAUUCCAGUGAACCCGCUACACUCGGUCACUCUAUGUGGGUCAGGUUCACCACGGAUGUCUCAAUGGGUGAUAUUGGAUUCAGUCUUCAUGUCACAGCUAUACUAAACCCUUGUAAGAUCAUAUUAGCCAUAGGUUAUGCUUCUUAA